GAAUGAUGGAGACCACUGUGUUCUUGGGGACCUCCAUUGCUGCAGAGUUUUUUUUGGUAACCUUCCCCAGAUCUGUGCCUUGACACAAUCCUGUCUCGGAGCUCUACGGACAAUUCUUUCGACCUCAUGGCUUGGUUUUUGCUCUGACAUGCACUGUAAACUGUGGGACCUUAUGUAGACCUGUGUGUGUGCCUUUCCAAAUCAAGUUGUAGAAACAUCUUAAGGAUGAUCAAUGGAAACGAGGUGCAUCUGAGCUCAAUUAAAAGCAAAGGGUCUGAAUUCUCAUGUAAAUAAGGUAUUUGUGAUUGUUUUUUGUUUUUUUAUAUAUUUGCGAAAAAUUUUGAAACUUGUUUUUUGCUUUGUCAUUAUGGGGUAUUUUGUGUAGAUUGUUACAUUUCAGCCUUAUUCUAAAAUGGAUCAAUGUGGAAAAAGGGAAGGUUUUUUAUCCCAUCCUUCAGCUACCCAUCUAUCUCUAAAGACCAUCCAGUUCUAUUUGCCAUAUAGUUUAACUGUGCUGUUUCACAAAAGUGCUGAACCUAUAUAGGGUUUCAGAUGUUUUCAGAAGAUGGGCAAGGGACUCUGCAGUCCUAGUUUCAGGGGUAAACUGGUUCCACCAUUGGCGUGCUUUUGCUUUUCUCAAAGCAAGCAUAGAAGGCAUUUAGGUCGUCUGGUAGGCUCUUGUCGCUGGGCUGCUCUCGGCUAAGUUUCCCUUUUGUAAUCUGAUAGUUUGCAAGCCUUGGCACAUUCGUCGAGCGUCGGAGCCGGCAUAGUAGGUUUCGAUCUUAGUCUUAUAUUGAUGCUUUCCCUGUGGUUCAGGCUAGAGUCGGUCGCAGCCUGACGUUCUCCAGAGAAGGGAAGUCUGGCUCUGGCCUGUUACUAAUUGGUUCCUUAUGCAAGAUCUCACCUUGCCCAGUGUGUUCAUUAGUGCACAUUGUUUCUUGUAGGACAAAUCCAGGAAGGUCCCUCCCUGUUUUUGGCCUGUUUGCUUCCUAGUUAAUACACCUCGAAGUAUUGCUUGUCCCUCGCCUUGGGUUGGCCAUUAUCAUCAUAGAACAUGAUGUAAAUUGUGUUUCCUCACAUUGAAGAAAAUGUGAGCUGGGUGUUGGGUCAAGAUUUGCUUCAACUGAGAGAAAUGAAGGCCCAAGACCAGUCUGUUUGUAGACUAACUUCAUAUACUAGCUUCUCGUCUUGCGCCGAUGUACAUCAUCUGUUCUCAGAGAUUAACAACAUUAAUUGGUUUUGGCAGCAAGCAGAAGGCCGUUUGUUGCUGAAUCAUUGGUAUGUCACUUGGCUAGCCUAAAUGAUGUGCAUUGAUGGUGAUGCUAUGUUACCUCUUGAAGGUAAUGUUGCUCUGUCCUGUUGGUUGGAACCUUGCCAAUUCAUGUAUUGAAGAGAAUUGUUUAGGCUAACUGUUAGACACAUCUUGUUGAUUCUGCUUCCUCUGUCUAAACUGUUAAGGAAAUUGACCACACCAUGUGCUAAGCCAUAUAAACAUUUGGUCUAGUGAGUGACAUUAAUCUAGCCUGGUUGCCAGAUUAUAAUCUUCGGGCAAGUAAAAACAAUGGGCACGUGCCCUUGAGCGCCUAAUGUCAAUCCCUAUGGUCGUUAUGUAAGCUCUCGGUGAUGGCUUUCCCCUGUGAAUUGGACAUGCCUACUCGGUGUGAAAUGUUAUCAUAGUUAACCAGAGCACAGGCAGUCACAGUUUGCUUGAAUAGCCCAUCUGCUCUCUUCAUCCCUUUGAUUUGACCAGGUAAAUUAACUGAGAAUACAUUGUCAUUUACAGCAACGACAUGGGGUAUAGUUACAGGGGGGAUGAAUCAGCCAAUUGGAAGCUAGGGAUUAGUAGAUGGCCAUGGUCAGAUUUGGGAAUUGAGCCAGGACACCCCUACUCUGUACGAUAAAGGAUCUUUAGUGACCACAGAGAGUCAGGAAACACGUUUUACGUCCCACCCGAAAGACGGCACCAUACACGGGCCAAUGUCCCCAAUCACUGCCCUGGGACAUUUUGGAUAUAUGUUUUAGACCAGAUGAAAGAGUGCCUUCUACUGGCCCUCCAACACCACUUCCAACAGCAUUUGGUCUCUCAUCCAGGGACCAACCAGGACCAACGCUGCUUAGCUUCAGAGAGAGGCAAACCAGCAGUGGGAUGCAUGUUGGAGCACCAUCUCCAGCGGGCCAUCUCUGCACAGCAGGUGUACGGGGAGAAACGGGACAACAUGGUCAUCCCCGUCCCCGAAGCAGGGAGCAACAUCGCCUACUACGAGUCCCUCUACCCCGGGGACUUCAAGAUGCCAAAGCAGCUCAUUCACAUACAGCCUUUCAGUUUGGAUACAGAGCAGCCGGACUACGACCUGGAUUCAGAGGACGAGGCGUUUGUGAAUAAGCUGAAGAAGAAGAUGGAGAUCACCUCUCUGCAAUUUGAGGAGAUGAUUGACCGGCUGGAGAAAGGCAGUGGCACACAGCUGGUGAGCCUGCAGGAGGCCAAGCUGCUGCUGAAGGAGGAUGACGAGCUGAUCAAGGAGGUGUUUGACUACUGGACGAGGAAGCGAAAAAACUGUAAGAGUGGCUCGCUCAUUCCCACUGUGAAGCAGGAGAAGAGAGACGGAUCCAGCACCUCAGACCCCUACGUGGCCUUUCGCAGGAGGACCGAGAAGAUGCAGACCAGAAAGAACCGUAAGAAUGACGAGGCUGGGUAUGAGAAGAUGCUGAAGCUGCGGAGGGACCUGAGCCGAGCCGUCACCAUCCUGGAGAUGAUCAAGAGGAGGGAGAAGAGCAAGCGGGAGCUGCUACACCUCACCCUGGAGAUCGUAGAGAAGAGAAACGGCAUGCCUGACUACGGGAGUGAAGUUAUGGCAGAGGCCCUGGCCCAGAGGGCUCUGGUAAAGCCUGUCUACACGAUACCCAUCAUUCCCCUCUCCAACAGCAACCAGUACCGCCACCAAGACCACAUGGACAUGAAGGAGUACAAAACUAAACCGGAGAAGACGGAGGUGGUCAGAACGAAGAGGAAGUACGAGAAGAAGCCUAAGAUCCCUCCUCUCUCUGCACCCCAACACUCUGGCCCCUCUGUGUUCAACCCCAAGGACCUCAACCAGUAUGACUUCCCCAGCUCUGACGACGAACCCUUCUCACAGAUCCAUUCAGGUUCCUCGGAGGCAGAGGAGGAGAAUGACCCAGAUGGCUGCUUUGCGUUCCGGAGGAAGGCCGGCUGUCAGUACUACGCUUCUCGUCUGGACCAGAGUGGUAACUGGCCGUGGGUCAGCCCCUCUGGGGGUGGUUUGGGCGACCCUCGCUUCCGCUACUGCCUCACGUCCCUGACGGUGCCCCGGCGCUGUGUAGGGUUGGCAAGGCGACGCACGGGCAGAGGGGGCAGAGUUUUGCUGGACAGAGCGCACACAGAUCUGGACAAUGUUUUCCACAGCCUGGACUCGGACCCCGAGACCGAACCACUUCAAGCCUCAUCUCCUCCCACAAGCUCUCCUCUCCGCAGCGCAGCGCCUGCCAGUACCUCAGACACCAAUACCUCGGACCGAACCAAUGCUCCCAACAACCACCACCCCUCUUCUUCCUCUUCGUCAUCUGUGGACCUCAGUGAGAUUCUGUUGAACAUUAAGUCAGGCCGCUGGAGGCACUUUAGGCCGCGGACGCUAUCCCAUCACCCCCUGGGUGGAGGUGACAUCUCACGCUACAGAGGAUUUAGAGGAUUUACCCGGAGUACGUCCUUGGGACAGAGCAGGCUCUUGGGGAGUGGAGCUAACGCCCUACCCCGCACUGGCCCAGGAGCUACACCCGUCACCGCAUUCACAGCAGAGCAGUACCAUCAGCACCAGGAGCAGCUGGCCCUGAUGCAGAAACAGCAGCUUGAGCAGAUCCAACAGCAGCAACAGGCACAGCAGCAACAGGCACAGCAGCAGGCAAACACAGACCCAUCCUCUACUACUACAUCCACAGCACCCCUACCUAACACACAGUGUAUAAUAUCUAAGACGUUAGACUCGGCCAGCGCCCAGUUUGCUGCCUCUGCCCUGGUGACCACGGACCAGCUGAUGGCCUUCAAGGGCAAGGAGGAGGGGGUUCUGGGAAGUGGCGUCAACGGGGUCUUUCCAGGCUCAGGAGUGUACAAGGGCUUACACCUCGCCAGCACCACCCACACCCACCACCCCAACACCAACCAGACUCCCACUCCUCCUCCAUCAGCCCCCACUUUCCUCAAGCCCUCCUCCACCACUACGUCCCCUGUCACCGCCUCCUCCCUCAGCUCCCCAGCUAACGCACACGGGAAUCCCCUCCACCUGGGUAGCAACGCUGCCAACUCCACCCCCACCACCACUCAGGUCCUGAUAGGGAACAACGUCCGUAUGAGCGUACCCUCCUCCCCUGUCCUCCCCAGUCUGGGCGGCACCACCACGCGCCACAUACCCAGGGCUCUGGGAGCCUUGCCCUCUGCCUUAAAGAUGGCUGCCAACACCAACUGUCAGAUGCCCAACAAGGUCACCGGGGCUUCUACCAUGGACAUAGGAUCCAGGGAUAAUCACGAUCAAGACAAGCCAGCUCUGAACAGUAUAGCGGACAAUACAAUGGCCAUGGAGGUGACGUAGCAGAGUGGUGGUGGUGCUGCUAGCUACCGUGACAGACCAGCCAGGCCCAGCGCUACCCAACCCUCUGCUGGCCAACCAGUCCUCUGCUGAGAGUCUGCUGCUACUCUCUGAAUCCACUCUUUAGGUGCUGUGCAUCGUAGCAUCGGGAAUGCAAAAGGGACGGCAGGCGGGUGGUCGGCGGGACUCCACAUACGGACUACAUACGGAGUACGGACAUACGCGUUUCCACGGCAACUGUGGGGAUUACAUGGGUUGCAAUUGUCAUCUCUCAUGCUUUUUAAAUGUUUUUGUUUUUGUAUUCGUUACUGUUAAUAAGAGUAAAAAUUGACAUUGUGUAAAUUAUGAAUAUGGCAAAUUAGUAUCUGUACAGUAACUAAAUAUUUGUAAUACCCCCUUGUAUAUAUGUUACUUGAAUACAGAAACUUGUUUAUUUGUGAUGUUUUGCACUUGGGAAUAAAAAGAAAAAAAGCGAUAAACUUGUGAGUGUGAGAUGUGAGAGUUGUAUUAACGAAAAGAGACAUUUCAGAAGACGUUUCAUCACAUGCAUGGUGCAGAGCCUGCUGUUUUAUCUAUUUAUUGUGCUGUGUUUACAGUUUCCUUAUUUUAUUUCUGCACUGUACCUUAAUUGGUUCCUGUGCUGUAGUAAAUGUUAGGUAGCUACGGACUCCUGGGUAUUUUGUAUAUUGUAAACACAAUGCAGGUUUUCCCCCCUUUGGGUCCCUGCGCUUUUCUUUGGAUCAUGUGGAAUUCAAUGGUGAUUUACAGAUAGACUCUUUGGGGAGGGGAGCCAGAGGUGGAGGACAUGGUCAGCUUUGGUUCACUUCACUUAGCGGGGUUAAAGCUCUUCCUGGGAUCUUCCAUUUACAUUAUCCCGAUACAAGUAACAAACUAGGGAUGAAGUCUCUUCCUAGAAGCAUCUAUCUCAUGUUUCUGAUUCAAAGCACUAUCGAUUUUGUUUAGUUUUCUGUUUUUUUAAUCAAUAUUAAUGCUGCUUUUGUAUAAUUUUGGUCCCUUGUUUUCAUGCAAUGUCCCCUCUUUAAUUAUUUUAACCCCACACACAUUUUUGUAAAACAGAAUUUAGUUAUUUUUGUAUUUUUCUCCUGUUCUUGUGGUAAAAAAAAAUAUGAUUGUAAGCUUCUUCGUAUUGAAAGACUUCAUUAUUUUGUUACUUGUUUAUGCAUAGGUGAUAAGGGAGGUGAAUGGCAGUUACAAUUGCUGUAUGUAUCAUCAUUCCAAUUUCUGACAAGAAAAAAAAAAUGCUAAUGGGGGGUAGCUAUGGAGAAAGGCUUCUUUUUCUCCUCUUAUCUCACCGUUUCAAACUCCAGACGGCUGCAAGGCCAAAAACCACAAGUGUCGGGUGCCUUCCCUUGGGGGGGAAAAACGUGCUCUCUUCUGUGAAGAGUAAGGCACAAAGACAGUGCUACUCCUAGUAGUACUUUUUGUCUAUGUCGUCAGAAUCUGAAUGCCCAGUCCAAUGGCAGGAUUUAUCCUUGAGGUUUUCUUGUCCCACCUGGAGGCUGAAAAGAAUAAUGAAAAUUAAAAAAGUGACAGAACUCUACGAUAAUAUAAGACAAUAAAGACCAGGUCAUUAUAUGUGGA